AUGGCUCAUGAGCCCAUCCUGCCUGGACUGCAACCAAUCAACAUUUACUCGAUACUCCCGACCGUGUUGCUCUUCCAUGUUCGCCUCAAUGGACAACCGGCCGCUAUUGGCGGAGGGCAAGCUCACCGCAUCAGACUUAAUUCGUACGCAAUGCCUAUCCUCGAAUUAAAUUCCGGUGUCUUUUCCUGCAUCGAAGAUUUGGCCUCACAGGAAGAUCAAAGCCAGGGCUCUCGAGAGACCGACCCUGGAGGACACGCCAAAGGCGUGAGCAGAAGCAUAAAUCAAAGACUCCACGAGACAUACACCGACGGAUCGUUUCUGGGCAGGCCUCCUCCCCGCAUGCAGCGAAGAAACUGGGACAUUGACGAUUGA